AAGUACAGGUGGUAGCCCCGGCAACGGGGGCCGGAAGUGACGCCAUCAGACCGGAAGCGGGUCGCAGCAUAGCCGCAGGGCGAGCCCUGACCCCGCCUCGGGAGCGGCUACAGGGGUCCGGGGCUGCAGGUCGGGAGUGAGGGGCACCGACAGCCCCGCCUUCCAGCCGGGCCCCGCCCCCAGGAGCACGUGCCAGGCCCCCGGACGCCUGGGUUCUCGGCCGGGCAGGGGCUCGAGCUCAUGGGCCGGGCUGCGGGGAGCCGGGGGCCCGGCCCGAGACCCCCGGGCUGCUUCACACUGGGCCGGAGCGCGGUGCCUCCAGGCGGGGGCGAACCCCUCCCCCCCCGGUCGGGGCCACGUGCCAGUUCCCGGCUGCCCCUCCCCAGAGGUGGCGCAGCUCAGCCCAAGGGCCGCCCGCCCCGGACACUGCUCCACGCGGCUGUUCCCCGCUGCCCCUCCCCAGCAGUGGCUGCAGCUCAGCCCAAGGGCCGCCCGCCCCGGACACUGCUCCACGUGGCUGUUCCCCGCUGCCCCUCCCCAGAGGUGGCUGCAGCUCAGCCCAAGGGACGCCCGCCCCGGACACUGCUCCACGCGGCUGUUCCCCGCUGCCCCUCCCCAGAGGUGGCGCAGCUCAGCCCAAGGGACGCCCACCCCGGACACUGCUCCACGCGGCUGUUCCCGGCUGCUCCUCCCCAGAGGUGGCGCAGCUCAGCCCAAGGGACGCCCACCCCGGACACUGCUCCACGCGGCUGUUCCCGGCUGCCCCUCCCCAGAGUGGCUGCAGCUCAGCCCAAGGGCCGCCCGCCCAGGACACUGCUCCACGCGGCUGUUCCCGGCUGCCCCUCCCCAGAGGUGGUCGCCUCUCAGUACCGGCCGUCCUGUGCGUAA